AUGUUGUACAAAUCACUCUCUCAAUUGGUUGCUUCCUCAAGCUCAUCAAUCAAAGCUAACACUACCGGUUCAACUGGUAUGAAUGGUUUCCAAUCAUCCAACCAAACUGCCCUCCUUGACGCUCACAUUACUGAUGUCAACGUCUUGGAUAUUAUCACCAUCGAUUGUCUCGAUAUCCAUCUCUAA